UCCUCCUCCCUCCUCCUCCUCCCUCCCACAUCUUUUCCUUUUCUUCCCUCUUUAUUUCUUUUUGCCUGCUGUUGCUCUUAUACUCUGACCUAUUUUUACUGGAACUCCCUCUCUCGUCUUUGAGUUCUUGUGACCUUUGACCUGCCUCUCACUGAGUCCAGUAUGAGCUGGCUGAGCAGGUUGAACCCACGGGGUCCUGGGAGUCGGUCCGGCCGGAGUGCAACCCCCUCCAGCCCCUGCACGGCUGACCCAGAGACCUGCCUCAUGGUGUUUGAGAACCACUGGAGACAGGUCUCUUGGGUGUUAGAGCAGCACGAGCCUUCGUCCUCCAGUGACGACCUGACGGCAGUGAGGAAUCACACCGACCAGAUGUUAUGUCUGCUGGCAGAGGAGCGGCCUGCUGAGAGCCCAGAGGGCGGCGCCGGUGUGACACCCAUGGGCCCCAUACUGGAGCUAGUGGUCACAGAGAAUAUUCUGGAGUGCCUGGUUCAGUGGCACCUCCGCCGCGGCUUGGACCCGGACAGCCAGGGGGCAUUGCUCAAGCUGUUUGAGAUGCUCAUUGGCCAAUCCCAGCAGCCUCUGCUGCAGCACACAGCCGUCCUCCACCCCCUGCUGAGGCUGCUGGGAGCCUGCGCUGACCCAGAACUCGGUUGUCCUUCAGCUCUGGAGAACAGCCUGGUACUUCUGCUCAACCAGGUCUGUGUGUCUAUGGCCCGGCAGCCUGUGGUUCUCGAGAUGUUGUUCCGUGCGGCGCCGGCUCAGCAGGGCUCCACCAAUCUGCUCAUCUUCUCCCUCCUCGUGCCGUUCAUCCACCGGGACGGAGCCAUCGGACAGCAGGCUCGAGACGCGCUGCUGCUGGUUAUGGCGGCGUCGGCGAGUCACGAGGCCGUCGCACGUUACAUCGCAGAGAACUCCUACUUCUGCCCGGUGUUGGCGACGGGCCUCAGCGCUCUCUACUCCUCGCUGCCCAGGAAGAUUGAGGUCCGGGGUGACGACUGGCACGCGCUGCGGCGGGAGGACUGGAUGGGCGUGUCAUCACUCGUGCUGUUCAUGAACUCGCUGGAGUUCUGCAACGCUGUGGUGCAGGUCGCUCAUCCCCUGGUCCGCUCGCAGCUCCUGGACUACCUCCAUAACGGCUUCCUCGUACCCGUCAUGGGCCCGGCACUGCAUAAGUCGUCGGUGGACGAGAUGAUAGCCAGCACCGCCUACCUGGACCUUUUCCUGCGCAGCGUGUCGGAGACAUCCCUCCUCAAAACCUUCCUGCGCUUCAUCCUGCUCCAUCGCCACGACAACGACACCAUCCUGGACACGCUGCUCACACGCAUCAGCAGCAAUUCAAGGCUCUGCAUGGUAUCGUUGAGUCUCUUCAGGACUCUUCUGUCUCUGAACUGUGAAGACGUCAUGCUGCAGCUCGUUCUCAGGUAUUUACUGCCCUGUACCCAUGUAAUGCUGAGUCAGCGUCGUGCUAUCAGGGAGACCGACCUGUACGGGAAGUCGGCGGACAAGUUCCUGUCUCUGAUCCCAGAGUGCUGCCGGCUGAAUGCGGCGUCCUCUGCUGAGCGGGACGACGACAGUGCAUUCUGGGGCAAAGUCCUGAACAGUCCCAGCCCAGAGUCUCCAGCCCCACCCAGACCCAGCACCCCGUCCCGCUUAUCCUUCUUCAUCCGCCAACAGAGCAGCGGAGGUGGAUCAGGAGGAGGGGGCCCCUCCACCCCGACCGGCAUGGAGUCGCUGCAGUCAGGUCCUUCUGGCUCCCACCCGCUGUCCCCUGACAGCCCGAUGCACCAGCAGCAGACUAGCACAGAGUGUCUGGACUGGGAUUCGGGUUACCUGGAGUACCUCAAAGACGCCCGGCGGGGCAUCGAGCUUUGCUCCUGGGCUUGCCGUGACUGGUCAGCGCCCUACGAUGGAGAAAACCCCUCACCGAAUGCUGCUCCUCCACCCCCACCUCCCCCGACCUCCAACCCCUCCAUUACGAUGUUCCCUGAGCACUUCUCCUUCCAGCAGGGGGGCAGCAGUAACACCCCUCCAGGCCAGCAGAGGGCGGCCAUCGUGGCUGCAGCGCGGUCUGAGUGGAGCAGUUCAGAGCGGGACAGCGGAGAGUGGGACGUUACAAUCGGCAAAAACAACUGCAUCAGCCUCACACCACGCUCCAAGAAACGCAGCCUGCAGAGAGAGGAGCUCCUGCCAAAGCCUGUACCUCAUCUCGUCCCUUCCUCCUCUUCUUCCUCAGCCACCCCUUUAUCGACUUCCCACCCAGCUUCGUCCCCGGCUCCUCACAAUCCGGCCUCCGCCAUCACUGUUAACUACCAGGCCAUGUAUAACGGAACCAUGGGGCAGGGAGACGGGUGCUCAGACAAUCGAGACAGAGGACUGGAGGUAAAGAAAGUAAAGAGAGACUUGGGGGAGCAGCAGUAUUUGGACGAAAACGCGAAUCAAAACGGAUCCCUCGUCACCUGCCCCUCCCAAAGCUGCACCGCCCUCCCACAGUCCAUUUUUAGCAACAGUGAAAUGAAUGAUGCAAAAUCUCUUUGCUCUAAUCAGAUGUCCUCUCAGAGUCCCGUCACGCAGCCGACGUCUGACACCAAACUGCUGACCAGCGACACCUCGAACCCACACAGUGCGUCUUCAGAUCUUCCAGAAGCCAAUCAACAAUCUGUAGAGAGUCUCAUCCAGGAGCUGCUGGAGCAGGCGCCAGGAGAGCCGCAGCUCCCCACAGACUCCAACGGUCAGGGCAUCAGCAUCGAGGCCUUCACGCAGGAGCUGAGGGAACUGGAGGAUCGGGUGAAGGAGCGCAGCAGAGCGGCCUGCCAGCUGGAGGAAACUGCCAGAGAGGCGCUGUUGUCUGAGCGGCAGGAGGAGGAGCAGCAGCUGGAGGCGAAGCUGACAGGUGACACGAAGGGAGACGGGCCUGUGGUCGGCCUCUGCAGUCCUGCAAGACCACUGAAUCAGCCUUCCUCUCAGCCGUACACAGGUCCGUUCAUGGUGGUUCUGUUUACCAAGUUGGAGAACAUGCUCCAAAACUCGCUGUACGUCAACAUCCUGCUCACAGGCAUCGUGGCCCAGCUGGCCUGCUAUCCUCAGCCGCUCCUACGCUCCUUCCUGCUCAACACCAACAUGGUCUUCCAGCCGAGCGUCAAGUCACUGAUCCAGGUUCUAGGUUCUGUGAAGAACCGUAUCGAGGCGUUUGCCGCCUCUCAUGAAGAUUUCCCUGCCAUGCUGAGGAAAGCUCAGCAGUACCUGGUGGCCCGAGGCAAAGUAGACUGGUCUGACUCACCUGCAGCAGUUCCUACCCUGCGGCGCUCCGAUUCAUUAGUGAAGAGUCGGAAGCCAUCUCUAGGAGACCUGAUCCUUCGACACACCAACAGCCCGACCCGGGCUCGACACGCUGCUCAGCUGGCUCUUGCACAUGUACGAGAUGGCGGCCAAUCACUGCACAGCGCUCUGUUCAGGGGCGGAGGAGGCGGAGGGGCCUCUGGCCUGGAAAAGCAAGCGGAGGCGCUGCGAGUGAAGAACGCCGUCUACUGUGCCGUUAUCUUCUGUGAGUUCCUCAAAGAGCUGGCUGCGCUGGCUCAAGAGCACGCCGUCAAUCUGCCUUUUCCUCACAGCCAGGAGGCAGAGGAAUAGAUGUUGAACUCCUCAAAUCCAGCUCUUAGCCUCCGUUUCUUUUUGAUUAGGCUGUAAAACGAGUUAUAUAGGAUUCUCCCAUCACCAGAGGACAGACUGGAGCACUGAGACUUUUCUGUCACUGAAGUGGGUCGUCUGCAAUGACACAGACAAAAAGCGUGAUGAAAACAGUGUCAUUUUUGUACCAAAAUCAUUAUAGGAUACCUAUAGGACUGGAAGCAUUUUCCUCACCUGUAAACUUAUAUGAUAUUGUGCAUAUCAUGUAUUAUAUUUACAUUCUAUACACAGAAAAUCUCAGUAAACGCUUGAGAUUUAGGAGCUUGUACAUACACGUACCAUGUCAUGGUAUAAAGUGACACAGUAAAGCCACAGAUAAAAGAAAUAGGUGCACAUGUUGGUGCUAGUCUCUUUAAAUUUUAAGUUGAAAGGGUGCUUUCAGGCGGCACAGAGGAGAGGAAGGUUUUGUCCCCAACAAAAUAAUAAUGGCCGAGAUUCAUUGGACACGGGUGCGGCGCGACACGUCUGCUGUAACAGAGCGCGUCUAUUAGAAUCAACUGAAGCUGCUACACUGACAACCCCCUGCUCAUCUUUAUUUUUAUGUGGCUUGUUUAUUUUUUUCUUCAUGCAGCCCUUAAACAGGUAAAAACUACGUGGAUAUGAGUAAAUAUAAAAACGAAUACAAUCUGUUUAAAAAUUAAAGAAAUUAAUAUCUCAUCGUAACAGAGGAACAUCCACAAGCAACCUCGUAGAUGUUUUUAAAUUUCACAUUAAACCCCCCUUCAACAGAGAUCGAUCUACAGGGCCGCUACGAUGUCACUUCUUUAUGCCGCCUUUGCGUUUUUACACAAAACCAAAAAACAGCAGCAUUGUGUUGCUCCAGUGUGGGAUUUUAGACAGCAUGCUGACAUUGCAGAAACAAAAGAGGCGUGGCGGUUGUGACAUUUAACACAACAGUGUCAGCCUCUCUUGUGCCAUAUAACAUACACAUCUGCAGGGCUUCCUGAACAAUAACAAUGGCAUAACAUGGCAACAACAUCCAUUUACCAGAACUGUCAUCUGCUAGUUUAUGCUGAUCUCAUCCUCUGCUCAUAGGGCAAGGAGCUCCUGGCCCUCAUUGUCUUCCCAAGUCGUGGACAUUUUGGGCUGUUGUUCUCCUUGUUUUAAUUAGCUGCUAACUACUUCUAGCUGCUUUUUAAAUCCCCUCUGGCGGGUCGCACACCAAACACCUCAUCAAAACAUCACAACCGUCCUUCUGGCUCUUUUUUUACACAGAUUUGGCGUUACUACCUCUGCUGCUGGCUUAAAGGUGGGACAACUGUCUCCCCAUUCUACAAUCUUACCUCUUAUACAGAGUGUGAGGCGGCAUAAUGGCGCAAUAUUCUCGCCUUAAAAGGGCAGUCUAAAAGGGGCUUAACAUAAAUCAAAUCAAUGAUCCUCUAGUUAAAACAAUCCAUGUAAUGUAAUACC